AUGCCCCUGCCACGAACGCGCGCCAUUACCCGAGAGUCGAAUGGGCUUCUCGCCGGCUUGCCAUCUCUCCCUGCCGAACUCAUCCAGAUGAUAUUCGACUACGUCCUUCUGUUCUCCCAGACCGACAAGUCUCUGGCCUUUCGGCUCAUGUGCACCAGUAAAUAUCUGGCCAACACUAUCUCACCAGCUCUCUAUCGACACGUUUCUCUGAACGCAAGGAAUGCUUCCACAUUCUUCUACGGCUUGGAUGGCAAAUUGAAGAGGGGCGAGAAUAGGAGAUGGCGGAGUGGGAACUUGGAGGGAAAAAGCUCGGCGGUAAGAAGAGCUAUGUGGCUGUCAAUGGUCAGGAGAGUGGAGAUUCAAGAUCUUAAAGGGCUGGAGGCGUGCGUCGAUGCCUCGGCCAUCAUCUGCAAGCAUGACGAAGAAUCCCGGAGAAAAGCACUCAAAUCUCAUCGGGAGGGCUUUCUCUUUUUUGGAGAUUGCCACCCUGCCAACAAAGACGAAGAAGCAGUACUGCUCCUGGGAUCGAGCUUGUGCGAACAAUUGAAAUCUACAAGUCAUUUUGACCGGCAGGCACACUCUCAUCUCGUACACCAACAUAUUCUCUACAUCGACCUCCCACCCAAGCACUAUCCUGGAUCUGUUCGUCAUUUCCUUUUUCCAACGGACAGAUAUCGCAAUUCUUUUGUGCUGCUCAAUUAUACUGCCUAUGAGCAGGCCUGGUUUCUCGAUUGGCUAGUAGACACUACCGCGACCAUUGCUGGCAAAUAUUUCAGGCUGGCCUUGCACAAAUUGGAGCAAAAUCCAGAGGGCAUUGCGUUGGGUGUUGCUUAUACUCUUGCGCGAUCUUGCACGAAGCGCAAUUUUGCUAUUUUGAUCGAGAAUUACACUUUCAAGGAGGGCGAGACUAGUGGUAGUAUUGAAGAGCGCAUGAUGACGCACUUUGAUGAACAUCGGGGCUGGAAGGGGGCGGCUAGGGAUCUGGGUAUCACGUUCAAGGUCAGCUAG